CUUUGCCAUCUUACUUUGCCGACCCAUUCCUGUUUUCCAGACAGCGUUGAGAAAACUUGAGAGGCUUUUUCCUCUCUCUUUUCGCAUCCACCCAAAGAUCAAGUGGGUGAUGGUCCAGUGGCAAGAGCAAGGAGCAAGAAACAAUUGAGAGUCAUGCGUUAAAUAUUUGUGCGGAUUUGUCCUAUUUUUCGACCCCUGCCACGCCCGGGCGUUAAAGCCCAGUAAAAAGUGACCGAAAGUGUACUAUAUGCUAAUAGAAAUGAUAAUUGACGUUUCCUGUGGAGUCCGCCGCCAUAUUCAGCUGUGUACCACACCCCGACUGUUGUAAAUAUUUUUUGAUGGAAACGGGUCGACUUCGGCCCGGAAAACGGGAAAUCGGGCAAGCUGGAACUCAUGGAAUUAGAGAAUAUCGUCGCCAACACUGUCUACCUCAAAGCACGAGAAGGAGGAGGAGAUAGUAACAAGGGCAAAAGCAAAAAAUGGAAGAAAAUCCUUCAAUUUCCACACAUAUCUCAGUGCCUGGACAUCCAGAAAAAAAUAGAUGUAAGAUACAGUUAUGUAGUAGAUCAGCAGCCCAUCGGGCGGUUGUUGUUCCGGCAAUUUUGCGAACAUCUCCACCCUGAGUAUCACACAUACAAUAUCUUCCUUGAUUCAAUUGAGCAGUAUGAACUGGAAUGUGAUGAAAACCGAUCUGACUUGGCACAGACAGUCUAUAAACGUUACCUGCAGAGAGAUGCUAUUGAAGCUGUGGAUGUUCUCAAUGCAGAAGUUGUUGAAAGAUGUAAAGAGAAACUUACUGCUGCUAGCAAAGAUGUAUUUGAUGACUGUUCUAGUGCUGUUAAGGCAUUUCUGGAGGGAGAACCCUUUCAUCUAUUUCUAGAAUCAAUGUAUUUCCAUCGUUACUUGCAGUGGAAAUGGCUGGAGAGCCAACCAGUUACACACAAGACAUUCCGUAUGUAUCGUGUUUUGGGAAAAGGAGGUUUUGGUGAGGUAUGCGCGUGCCAAGUUCGAGCCACAGGGAAGAUGUAUGCGUGCAAGAAACUUGAGAAGAAACGAAUUAAGAAAAGGAAAGGAGAGGCUAUGGUCUUAAUAGAAAAGCAGAUUUUGCAAAGAAUUAAUUCUAAAUUUGUGGUGAGCUUAGCAUAUGCAUAUGAAACUAAAGAUGCCCUUUGCCUAGUGUUGACAAUCAUGAAUGGAGGAGAUCUCAAAUUUCACAUUUAUAACAUGGGUGGGGACCCUGGCUUUGAGUUAAAUCGUGCUCGUUUUUAUUCCGCUGAGGUUCUGUGUGGCCUUCAACAUCUCCAUGCUCAAGGGAUAGUGUACAGAGAUUGUAAGCCAGAGAAUAUUUUACUUGAUGAUACAGGCCAUGUGAGAAUAUCAGAUUUGGGCCUUGCUGUUGAAAUUCCUGAGGGUGAUAUGGUUCGGGGUAGAGUUGGAACUGUGGGAUACAUGGCUCCUGAGGUCAUUGACAAUGACAAGUAUACCUUCAGUCCUGAUUGGUUCAGCUUUGGUUGCCUUAUUUAUGAAAUGAUUGAAGGUCAGGCACCAUUUCGGGCUCGCAAAGAAAAGGUGAAACGAGAGGAGGUAGAUAGACGAGUUAAGGAAGACACAGAAAACUAUUCACAUAAAUUCAGUGAUGAAGCUAUGUCUUUGUGCCAACAGCUUCUGAAGAAGUCACCCAAGACUAGAUUAGGUUGUCAGUGUGGAAGGCAAGGUGCACGAGAAGUUAAGCAACAUGACUUUUUCAGCUGUUUGAACUGGAAACGACUCGAGGCGGGCAUGUGUGAUCCACCAUUUGUACCAGAUCCUCAUGCUGUGUAUGCUAAAGAUGUGCUGGACAUUGAACAGUUCUCCACCGUCAAGGGAGUUAAUCUGGAUGCCACUGAUGAUACAUUUUAUACUAAAUUUAAUACAGGAUCUGUAUCAAUACCAUGGCAAACUGAGAUGAUUGAGACUGAAUGUUUCAAAGAACUGAAUCACUUUGGCCAGAAUAGUGCUAGGACACCAGAUCUUGUUCUUGAUGCUCCUCCAGAGCCUGAGUCUACAGGCUGCUUUCCAUUCCGUCGGAAGAAGAAGUUGACCGCUCGUAUGCGCCCUGUUCCUAUCCAUGUGGACAGCACUCCUCCUCCUCCUCCCCCGACCAUUUUGGAUACGUCAAUACCCAACACAGCAGCGACAACGCCAAGAAAUGCCAAUGCUGUGCAAGUGUCACCUGAUUCGACAGUUACCACUACCAAUACCUCAAUGUCUGUUCCUGUGACCUCAACUACCGCAACAUCCAAUCCAUCUGGAACUUCUGUGACAGUCUCAUCUGCAGGCAGCGGAGGGAUAGCUGUAAAUUCUGUGAGCUGAUGGAGGCCUAUAGCUGUGUGAUGUAUGAUAAGUUUGUUGUAUAUCUCAUUGGGGAAAAUGACUGAAUGAUUGCUCUGGAGACCCUGGCUAUUUUGCCAAAUGGUAUGGUUACUGUGUAUGGUUCAGCUGUUUGGGCAGACUGCUAAGGAGAGAGCACCAGGUUGAUUACAUUAUUUAUCUUAGGAGAUGAGUUUCAAAGUUGCAUGGGUGGAGUAUGUUCUGUUCUGUUCUUAAUUUUAUUUUUCUAACUCUCUUUUUAACAUGACUGGAGCUUAUGAAGCUUCAUUCAAGUAAGUUUUUUUUCCACUUGACCAUUUUUCUUGCUAUUGAAGUGUGUGUGAGUGCUUAGGAGAAGUUUUAUAGCCGAAUAUGAAAUUCAUCCUUGCCAUUAGAGUAAUUUUUGACAGAUGCCAAUCAAACACAUGCUCAAAGUACAAGAUAUACAAUUUUUUGUAAUAUUUAUUAUAAGCAGAUGGUUUCUGCUUGUUUGAAAGUGGCCUAAAAUGCAUGUUAUAAUUUGUGAUAUUCUGAUGUACCUGUGUGGGUUGCGCUCAUCCAUGCAAAAUCAGAUUACAAUAUCAGAAUUGCUGAAGCCUCUCCUCUAAUCCCCGAUGCUCUCUCCUUCAGAUCAAAUUUAGCUCAUAGAAUGUUUCAUUAUUUAAUUUGAAUACCUGUAUGCAAUGGUGUAUCAAGUGUUCUUUCUUACACCUUAUCUCGUUUCUUCUGUUUCCCUGAUUAAGAAAGUUAUGUUUCCUCAGUCAUUUAUUCUGGACCACAUUUAAGUCGUGGUUGUUACCAAGUAUAAUACAACCUCAACUCAAAUGUGGACUGGACCCAGUAUUUAUUUAGACCCCUAUGAAAAUGAUAAGCCAUGUUGCUCCUGUGUUCUGUAAUUUUUGACCUGAUUAUGGUUGCUUUUACUUGUAAUGGAUUGUUUCUUUCUUUUCCCAUCCCCUUCAUUGUGAUGUAACAAUAUACAAGUGCAUUGCUGGUAUGACUGUUCUUUUGCAUUUCUUUCAUUCAGGUGAAGUGUGUGAAUGUGCUGAUGGUCAUGAACACUGAGAGUACAAGUAUCCAUUAAGUUUUUUCUUCUUUUUUUAUGACUCUUAAAAGCACUGCAGUAUUAUAUUGUUUAAAUUGUUGUAAUGAAUAUUGAGGAGUGUAGAUGAAGCCAACAUGCCAGGAUUCAGGAAUAGUAAGAAUUGUUUCACAACUUGCCGGUAAGCCUGUUUUUCCCUUCAUUUAGCUGUGGCUCUUUCUUUUAUGCUAUUUCAUGUAGUGUUUUACAAAUGAUGGUACUUGCCAUGUUUUAAUUAUUAUUGUCGGACUACUAUUUACUUUCAGUCUUCCAUACAACCUGAAACCUCAGUCUAGUGCACAAGCCAAGAUAGGCACCAAAAAUGAGAAAAAAACAAUCCUAUUUAAGAUUUGUUUGAUUGUAAGGCAUGAAUCAAGCGUACCUGUUACUUUAAAUAUGCUUAACAAUGAUGUACACAAACCGGAGCCCAUGUAGGGAUUCCUCUAUAAAUUUUAAACAUCUGUGCAAACUGCAUGGAACUAAGAUCUUGCCAGUGGGCUCUCUGAGGAUAGUGCCAAAGCCUAAUAUGUUAAUUGUGAUUUGUGUUAAAGACCCAGAAUAGAAUUGGGAAGCUGCACUUUUUAAAUUCAUCCUUCUUUGUUUUGACACAGAUGUUAUCCUUUCUUUAAAAUAAACAAAGCUGCUGUUAUCUGCACAUUGUUUCUUGCCUGCUUUUAAUUGCUUUAUUUUCUUAAUAUUAUACCUGAAGUGUUUCAUCUACUCAUGGAUAUUCAUUUGUUACUUCAUCUUGUCAAUUAUUUGUUACAAAACCAAAUAACUGUACAUGAUUAAUUUUAUCUGUAGUUGAUUGAAUGUAGUAGAAAUCAUCAGUGUGUGUCUAGAUGACUUUGAUGGUAGCAUCAGUUCAGUCUCAUGGGCUAGUGGUAAAGGGAUUAAGGAGUGUUUAGUUUCAGUAUAAGGUCUUGUUUGAAUGAACAUGCUCUAAAAUAGCUAGCUUUCUUCUUUUGUUUUCAUAUUCGCUAUCUCUAUUCCUGCCCUAAAUCUUCAUGAUGUUGUAUAGAGCAUAUUAUUUAAUGAUAAUGUUUAUCAAUGCAACUCCAGUUUUCCUCAUGGUCUGAUUAAUGAAUUUUUAAGUUGUAUUUGCUUAAAGGUUUUCUGGAACAAGUCUCAAGCGAAAUUUCCUUCAUGUUUUGUGCAUGUCAUCAUAUUUUUUUUCCAAAGUUUUCUCAUAAUUUGCAAAACAGUAUGGCCAUGUAGCAGGGCUUGGAAGGUGGUAAAAUACCUCAGUGGAGAAUCCAUUUCCCUGAGCCAACUGUCAGGCUGUUCUGCACCAGGUUGACAAUCAGACUGAAAAGCUUAGCUCUUUUGUGAUACUUUUGCUUUGGUUUUGAUGGUUUAUUGUCUUGAGUCAUGCUUCUGUUCCGAUGAAAGUGAACCUUGUUACUUCAGAACCAGGCCAUGGAUUAUAUGCUUAUUUAAGUGAGUUGUUUAGUCUCAAGCAAGAUGUAGCUAGUGGUGGUAUUUUUAUUUUAUUUUACCAGUUUUGUGUGCUAUAGAGAUGCUGAUACUCGUUGUGAGUGGUUUAAACGGGUUUAUGCUAACGUUAAAGUUUAGUCAAAACAGUCUUCUUUCAGUUACAGAUUUCUUUAGAUAUUGGAGUCUGCCUGAUUUCAUUUGUUUCUCUUGCACUAGUUUUUAUGUGUAACAAUCAGCAAAGAUGUUUACUUUUAAACUUGGUUUGCAUUAUGAUUUCUGGUGCAAGAAGUUACGCACACUGGAUGAGUUUAUAAGAGAAAAUCAUUUUAGUUUUUGUUAUUGUUGUGUGUUCUAGCUGGGCCUGUCCAUUUUAUUCUGAGAUAGUAUUUCUCUUAAACAAUCACAUUCUUUGUGUGAGCAUAACUUAUUUUCUUUCUCAAAGCUCAUGGUUAUCUUUGAGAAUCAGAUUCCAAAGCUGGCAUUUGUUCCGUUUGUCAGCAUGUGACAUAUUACUUUGCUUACAAACUUAGUUCAAAAUUUCUCUGUUUUCCACAUUGUUUCAUUGUCCUCAGUUUUUAGCCAGAACCUAUCAAUGUGGAUGUUCACAUUAUCAUUCUAUUACGCGAUGUAUCAGUGUUAUUUAUUUUAUUGUUUGAAUGCUUUCAGAGGGAACACUCUUCCCUUGUGUUGCUAUUUAUUUUCUAUUUAUUUAUUCACUGUUUUUAAUGCAUUUUAUCUUACAAAGGAGAGGGCUUAAUCAUUCUCUCCAUUAAAGCCAAUCCUUUAAUUUUAUUGAGUUAGAUUAGAUACAAAGUGUUUGGUCAGUGUAAUUUGACUGUUUUGGCAAGUCGAUUACUGUGAUCUAUUCAUAUUUUAUUUUAAUGAUUCUUGUUCCAAUUUCAUGAACAAACUAAUUUUCUUUUGAGAGGUUUACAUUUGCUGCUGAAACCAAAUGAGUCUCCAGAUAGAUUUACUUAUUGAGUUAUGUAUUAAAUGCCAGCUUUGAUAUCUGCAGGCUUAUACAUGUUUAUAAUUUUUCCCCUUAUUUAUAUGAUGAAAGACUCUUUGUCUUUGUUUUGUAUCUUGAAUCAAAAGUUUUAUCAUACUUCACCAAAUAAUCAUAAUUGAUGCAAAAGAUCUGAUUAUUUAGUGAAGACACAUAUUGUUGUUUUAAUUUGUGGUCAAAAGUUCUGGAUUUAUAUGUAGCAUAUGUUUUUUUAUGCUAGGCCAAUCCACCAGUACUCUUUGUGGAUAUUUCCAAUAAAGAAAUUAAAUUAAUGUAGAAAUUUGUUGUUUACAUGUCCUGGUUUGCCAAUUUACAAUAGAUAAUUAGUCCAUUUUCCAGUGAAAGCCUCCUUUAUCACCUUCAUGUUCCCAUAAACAGAAAGAAAAAUAGCGAAAAAAAAUUUGAGUUUGAAGAGUUUUUCUUCAAGUGCAGAUCAACAUAAACGAGUGAAUCUCUAGCUAAUAAUUAGUGAGUUACCAUGAGGCUUGUCUGGUGUGCUGUUGAAUUUCUCUGGCUUCUGUGAGCUAUCCAAUCCAUUAACUUCAUGAGAAAAGGUCAGUUUCUGCCUUUUACUGUGUUAGUAAAUUUUACCUAGGGUUAUUAUUUUGUUUUAUUUCUCUUUGCUUUUAAAAACACCCUGUGAUUGUUCUCUAAAGUGAGGUGAUGUAUCCUCUUCUGAAACCUUAUGUAUGUUGUUACAGUUAGAUUGGAUUGGGUUCGAUUGAAGUGUUUUCUAAGAGAGCUGUCAUCCCGAUUAAUUCAGAAAUCUGUACAUAGUAAACCUUUUUCAGUUUUUAUGUUCACAACAUGAUAUUGCAAUUAUGUCGUAACACUUAAUAGCUUGUAUGUUCAUCUUGUCCUUCAUAAGGUUUUGGACCAAAUGUUGUUUUUGUUUAACUAUACACGUUUCGUCUCUUUCAAUUCUAUGUUUGCAUGACUGGAUACCAAAAAGGUGGCGAGGGGAUUCCAUUUUCUAAUGUGUUUCAAUUAUGUAAGUGUGUACCAUGGAAAUCUGAUUUUCCUGCUUCUGUGACAUUGGAGUGUAACUGUAUCUUGCAUAGUUUGUCUGAGGUUCCCAUCUAGAUUGUGACAUAGCUACUUCAUUUUAACAUUUUAAAUGGUUUGUGGCGAUGGUAGGCCGUUUUUUUUGUGAAACAAUUUCUUAAUUGUCAGUUAAGGUGUUAGAAAUACUGAGGGUGAGAUUUGCUACUCAUUACGGGAGUUCUCGUGUAGCUAGUUGAUGGGUCUGGCUAAAAUAUUCUUUGUUCCUAAAUCUGGUGAUUCAUAAAAUUUUCGGCCUUUCCAAGAUGGCCUUUCCUAACUGAGUAACCUUCAAUCAGAUGACUGGGCAUAAUUUUAUGUAAGCAUUGCUCAUAGUGUGUGAAAAAAUCUGUUGAUUGUCAAAAAAAUAUUCAUACUCUAUGGCAAAUCCAAAGUGAAGAAAGAUAAUUUCUUCUCCUGAAAUUUUGAGACAUUACUCAUCAAGACUGAUAUUUUGGCCAAUUUUACAUUCAUGACAACAAAGUAGAUGGAAAUGUUGAGAACUAAAGACUAGUACAUUGGUUUGCAAGGUGAAGCAAAAUAGAGAAAUAUUUCUGCCUUACCUCUGCUUGCUGGUUGCUUGGCACAGCCUCCUAUGUGUGCAGAUAGUGUGUUUCAUUUAUAUACCUCUGGAUUUGAUCCUUCUAGUCAACUUGUAUCAAACUAUUCUCUGUCCUCAGAAAGUAAAUCAAGGAGACUGAUUUCUUCAUUUACCAAUGUAAAGUAUAAUUGCUGUGGUUCAAAUUUUAUGGCCAAAUUGAUAUCAUUAGGUAUUUGUGCUUUUGUGAGAUAAGCAGGUUGAGUAUGCACAGUACCUUGCAAAUUAUUCAAUGUCUGUCUAUGUAUUUCUUCAGUGUAGAUAGGUGGAGUUUCACUUUCUCUCUUGUGCUCACUCUAAAUAGAAGUGUGUUUAGAUGUCCAUAGUUGUGUCUGAUGACUUUCUUGUUAGCAAGUGUGCAUACCACCUCAGUUUCUAUGAAAUGUGUGAAUUAGCCAAACUUCUUCACUAAUCAAAUCAUCUUUCAUCAGGUUCAUGCAUAUCAGUGUUGAUAACUGAGGCUUUGUUCCCAUUUUAAUGAGGUUUCUGAGCCAUGAGUUUAUCUCAGUCAAGGUUUGUUUCUGCCCUGAUUAUUUUAUAAGCACCUAAAACUUUCAAUCCUCUACUUGCAACUUAAAAAAAGAAGACAUGUUUUUGUCUGUUUGGUUUUGACUGCUUUCUAAAACAAUAUUACACUGUUGUUUUUUAUGGUUCUUUUACUUUGAUAAUGUUUUGAGACAACUAAAAUCUGUAAUUGGUGCUAUGUUGUUGCAAAGUGGAUUUGAGAAUCUUGGAAUAAGAUGAACUAUGAUAUGGUCAGUUUUGUAAAACCUAACUUUUGUAGCCAUUUUCUUUUGCCUUUGGCAGAUACAGGUAAAAAAGAUAAUUAAAUCCCAGUAUCUUGUUGUUCUUGUAUCAUUUGUCAUAUUUAAUGUUGUAAUGGUUGUUUUAAAGUGUGUAAAGUAAGGAAACUACUAUGUAAAGGAAAAAUAAAAAAAAUCUAUAAUAA